UCGGCGCUGGGGAGGGGGCGCGCGGCUGCGGUCCCUCUGCAGAGGGCUGCGCGCCUCCGGAGCUCCCCGUUGUUUGGGCCCGUGCGCCUCGACCUCGGGAUCAGGGAUCUGGGUAAAUGGAGGCAAGAGCAGAGACUCUGGGUCGGGAUCGGAUGCACUGAGCCCCUGGUGACAGAGAGCGGCAGACCCCGGGUCCCGGUCAUCAGAAGGCGAGGAGCACGGGCUGCAAGGUCGCUUGAUCCUCAGGCGUCUCAAGGUUGGUCUUUGAAUAAACGAGAAUUUUGCCCAGGACAGAACUUUCAUUCAAAGAGGAAAUUAAUAGAAAAGAAAAACCAUGAGAAACAGAUAAACAAGGCAUUUGUGUCCUGAAGAAGCCAUAGAAAUAACUGUGGAGUGAAAGCAGGGUAGACGCCAGGGAAAAAUCGGACUUGGUGUGAUAUUUUUGUCACAAAAGUCUUCAAGAGGAAGAAAGUAGACGCUUUUCCAGAGAAUGAAGGAGUGCAGUGUCAAAACGGAGGAGACCGUGGUUUCUGAGAUUCAAGUAGAAACUAAGGAUGAGAAGGGGCCGGUAGCAGUUAGUCCUCAGGAGGAGAGGCAAGAGAGAAAAACAGCUACACUCUGCUUCAAGAGAAGGAAGAAAGCAAACAAGAUGAAGCCCAAGGCUGAUUCCAAGACUGUUGAGGUGACAAAGAAGCAUCUCCCAGAAGCCGGGGAUUCUGGUCAGUCGCAGCCAGCGGGGGCCUGGGCCUCCAUCAAACGCCUUGUGACACACAGGAAAAGGUCCGAGUCUUCAAAGAAGCUGAAGCUAUCUGAGCCUGAAGAGCCUGAGGACUUGGCCCUUCCUAAGAAAAAAGCAAAAUCCAGACUUAAGAUUCCUUGCAUAAGAUUCUCAAGAGGGGCAAAGCGAAGUCGCCAUUCCAAACUCACGGAAGACUCAGGCUACGUCAGAGUCCAGGGAGAGGCUGAUGAUUUGGAGACAAAAGCCCAGACCCAGCUGGCUGACCAGGCAACCCAGGCUAAGUCCACCCAGGAAGGUGUGUUGGCAGAAGCUGGUAAGGAGGUCCGAGAAUCGCAUGUAAGCAACAGCGUCACGUCGGGGGAGAAUGUGAUUUCCGUACAACUGGAAUUAGAAAAUGAGUCUUCUGCUAUUCAGAUGGGCACCCCGGGGCUUGAAACAGAAACUAAAGUGAUUAAGGAAACGCAGCAUGUACAGGCGCAGCGAGCAAGUUCAGAAGCAGGCAGCCCGCGACCAGUGGCUUCUGCUGCUCCUCCCUCACCAGCAACCGCACAUCCACAUCGGUGCAGUGUGGGAGAGCCCAGUGAGGACACCCAAGAAAGCACACCAAGUGGGAAAGAUGAGAGGAGCAGAAAGAGUGCUGCUGCAGAAAAGAAAUCAGGAGGAAUUGUGCUGAGCCAGGCAGAGGAAACUGCCGUGAGCCAGGCAGAGGAAACUGCCGUCAGCCAAGCAGAGGAAACUGCCGUCAGCCAAGUAAGGGAAGUUACAGUCAGCCAGGCGGAGAAAACUUCAGUGGGCCAAGCCAGCCAGGCAGAGGCAGCCACAGUAGCACAGGCAGAGGCAGCCACAGUAGCACAGGCAGAGGCAGCUACAGUAGCACAGGCAGAGGCAGCUACAGUAGCACAGGCAGAGGCAGCUACUGUAGCACAGGCAGAGGCAGCUACUGUAGCACAGGCAGAGGCAGCUACAGUAGCACAGGCAGAGGCAGCUACAGUAGCACAGGCAGAGGCAGCUACAGCAGCACAGGCUGAGGCAGCUACAGUAGCACAGGCAGAGGCAGCUACAGCAGCACAGGCUGAGGCAGCUACAGUAGCGCAGGCAGAGCCAGCUACAGUAGCACAGGCAGAGGCAGCUACAGUAGCACAGGCAGAGGAAGCUACAGUAGCACAGGCAAAGCAAGCUACAGUAGCACAGGCAGAGGAAGCUACAGUGCAGACAGAGGAAGCUACAGUUGGCCAGGAGGAGGAAGACAUAAUGGCCCAGGCAGAGGCAGCUACAGUCAGCCAGGCAGAGGAAGACACAGGGGCCCAGGCAGAGGAAGACACAGUGCAGGCAGAGGAAGCUACAGUUGGCCGGGCAGAGGAAGACACAGGGGCCCAGACAGAGGAUGACACAGUGCAGGCAGAGGAAGCUACAGUUGGCCGGGCAGAGGAAGACACAGGGGCCCAGACAGAGGAAGCUACAGUUGGCCGGGCAGAGGAAGACACAGGGGCCCAGACAGAGGAUGACACAGUGCAGGCAGAGGAAGCUACAGUUGGCCGGGCAGAGGAAGACACAGGGGCCCAGACAGAGGAAGACACAGUGCAGGCAGAGGAAGACACAGGGGUCCAGGCAGAGGAAGCUGCAAUAAGCCGGGCACCAGAUCUGAAAGAAAAUGGACUUGAUACAGAGAAACCCAGAUCAGAAGAAAGCAAAAGAAUGGAGCCAAUUGCUAUUAUCAUUACAGACACUGAAAUCAGUGAAUUUGAUGUUAAGAAAUCUAAAAAUGUCCCUAAGCAAUUCCUAAUUUCAAUGGAAAGUGAGCAAGUAGGGGUUUUUGCUAAUGACAGUGAUUUCGAGGGGAGAACUUCAGAACAAUAUGAAACACUCUUAAUAGAAACAGCUUCUUCUCUCGUCAAGAAUGCCAUCGAGCUGUCUGUAGAGCAGCUGGUUAAUGAAAUGGUCUCUGAGGAUGAUAAGAUAAAUACUCUGCUACAAUGACUUCAUUUCCAGACCGCGCGAAGAGGGGGGAAAAACAACCUUUAAAGACGGAUUCUUUUCUACACUUGUGGCACUUCUUUCUCAGUAACAAAUUAGAGGCUUACCAUCUGCGGGAUCUCAAGGUGCGAGUUCAGCCCAAAAGUGCCAAAGAAUAAAUGAAGUUUGUAAAACCCUGUCCCUGGAACACAGUUCUGGACUGGGGGCGGUCAGCACAGAUCACAGGGUGCAGUGACAGGCAGGGAGGAGUGGGAAAGGCUUGUGAUGAGCCCAGCGCUCUGAAGAAGACUAUUUCUUGAGCAUUGGUAUGCUAGAUGCCCCUACUGUUCCCUAAUGUCACAAAGGUUGGGUUUUGUUUUGUUUUUGUUUUUUUUCCUGAUGGUUCGACCCUGUGUAUAGGUGAACGCUGCAUCCGCUUUUCUUUUACAGUGUGUGCUCCUGUUGUGUCUGACGGUGAAUCACGUGAGUGGGGUUCUAGUCCCGAACAAGUUCCCUACAAAAGCCAUUCACGGGUUCCUUCUGCCAGGCGAAUAGCUACAAGUGUGUAAGCGUGGAAACAGAGUGUGUUCUCUCUCCACCUUCCUUCUGCCCAGCAGACCUGUGUAUAUACCCAUCUGUGGGUGGACCCGUGUGCAGAGAAGUCAAAAGGGAAAGAGUAAUUUUUAUCCAGAAGGCAAACUUCCCAGAUAGCAGAGCUAUCUCCCCCUAGCAGAGUUACUUUUUUUUUUUUUUUUUUUUUUUGAGACAGGGUUUCUCUCUGUAACCCCUGGCUGUCCUGGAACUUGCUCUACAGACCAGGCUAUGUGACAGCUAAUUACAAAAGAUGCAGGACAGAGAGAUGGCUGGAUGGCUGUUGAAGAGCAUCCUCUUCAGGCCUGAGCACCACUGCCUCCUGAGCGCUGGGGUUAAAGGCGCGCGCCGCCGCUCCCCAUCAAGCUCCCCUGGUUUUCAUCUGCUCUGCGUUUACACUGUGUUCAUGAACUGUGUACGUGUUCACUGCUUCUUCCUAUAUUUUCUCUCUAUAAAUACACACUGGGAUCGAGUACAGAAGUAACUAACGCGGCUUUGGAAUUUAACCAAGUGGUGGAUGUUUAGCAAUAUUCUUGGCUGGAAUGUGAAAAUAUUUCCUUCAGGCUUGCCUAUCUUCUUCGUGUGCUUAAUGGGUGGUGGGGAUCUCAUUCAGUUUAGCUAGACAAAAACACGUGGUCCCCUCAAUAAAUUUCUUUUCAUUGUGUCCCCUUUAGACAUAAAACCAAGAGUCACUGAUAAAUCCUCUUUAAAAACCACCUUAUCCCACUGUAUAUGGUGCUAAUAGACUUGUAUACAUAGCUACCAGCAAAUAUGUUUAAAAACGAGAAGUUUUAAAAGCCUGGUUAAAGUUGGUGCACUUUGCAGUAUUUUAAAUAAUCCUGUAUCUAUUUACUUAUAAGGAUGGCUCCAAGUCAAUAUACUUGCAUUAAAGUUUCUAACAGUCUUUUAUGAGUGAGUAAAAUCUAUAAAAUACACAGCUCUUAGCAUUUAUUGAAGGCGUUUUGGAUUUGGGGAUUUCUGAAAAGUAGGCACAAAGUGUGUGCUUUUGGGGGUAAGAAAGUAGCCUCAGGUUUCAGGUUUUGGGGGUGUGUGUUAGAUCACUACGACUUUGGUCAGAAUGUAUUCUAAUUGAUUGGUUUAUAUAAGAAAAUAUAUUCUCCUUCAUUCUUAAAAUGGUUUCUCUGGCUUUUCUGAGGACUUAAAUAAACAGAAUUUCCAUCUGUAAACAGAAUGCAGAAAUUUGUUACCCGGUUGCAACCUGAUACAUCUGCUCUAUGGUCAAAUUACAGUGAAUUUUAAGGUGAGCCGAACCAGAGAGCUGGCUUGUAAGUCUGCAUAAAAUAUUUUUUUAUAGGAUGUACUUCAGGCAAUUUGACCUUCUAUGCAGAGCAUGUAGAAAGAUUCUGACUCCAUUUACACUCUUUUGGCCUCAAACUGACCAGAUUAAAGGUAUCAGCUUAUGGCACUCACAUUAAUUUUAAUUGUAAUCUGCCUCUAAUGUACAUUUAUUAGCUAGAAUCAACUUUCUUUUUGAACUCAGAAUUUCCUAAGGCUGGGGGCGUCGAUCAGAUACCGGAUGAUCUUUCAGUAUAUUAUCUUCACCCUCUUAAGAGCUGAGUAUUAUUCAUUCCACUUCUUACAACACAGAGAAUAUAAGCACUUGCUGAAAUUGUGUGUGUGUGCGUGUGUGUGUGUGUGUGUGUGUCACUAUUCACUUAACAUUUUUUCAAAGCCCUUUUUAGGGUAUUAAAAAUAGUACCCGGUAACAUUUAAGUAAAGGUAGCAGAAAACAAAAGAACUUUCCAACAGAAAUCAUGUUCCCUGCCACCUCCUCCACCUCCAGGAAUAAUCAGCACGUGGCACAGAUGAAGCUCUUCAGAAAAGCUGUCUGCAUAAUUUUCCUCCCAGGCAAUGGGUUUGACAGCGUGAAGAUGGCGGUGCUCUUAAUUGAUCUACUAUUUAGUGGCGUCUUAGACAGGGCUUUACUUCUGAGAGAUGAUGUGCCCUCGACAAGAUAUUGAGUGAGGUUCCUUGCUAGAGGGGACUUAGUGGGCUUGGCCUGUGAGAAGGCCCAGGGGCCAGCCCUGCCCAUGCGCACCACCCAGAGUUCAUUUCGUCUGCAAAUGUCUGACUUCCAACAGAAUUUUCUAGGGGUUUGUGGCAGAAUUUUUGAAACAAUUGUUAUACUUUUAAACCCUGUUGUUUGAUCGCUCAGCCAGCUUGACUCAAUAAGUAGUCUGCUUUCUAGUUUAAUACUAAACACAGCAGGAUUUGACUUUUCUGCCUGCCAUUUGUGUAUCUUUUAAAUAUCUUCAUUUAAGUUGUAGAGUUCUUUCGAAUUCCUGUUUUACCAUGUAACAAAGUUUCUUAUAUCGAAGUGAAACUUUCAGUCCAUUCUGCAUUUUUAUCACACCCUUUUAAAAAGAAUUUUUGUAAUGAUCCUUGAUGACAAAAAUUUAUUAAAAUGAAUCUACACAAAGUAUGGGCACCCCAAUUAAGUUAGAGUCAUCCCUGAUAACAUGACCUCCCACACUCAUCCUGGAUAGGGUGUGUGUGUGUGUGUGUGUGUGUGUGUGUGUGUAUGUGUGUGUGUGUGUGUUGGGGGCAAAGGAGGUGGCAACAGAAGCCAGGAAGGGGUAAGACAGAGCCAAUGCUGAAAGAUAAGUGCCAAACAGGGACGUUUGGGAUGGGGAAGCUGGAAUCUAACUACAGGGGCGGUCUGAACAUAAACAGUGAACCCAUUCUGAUGUGUGCCCCUGUGCAGGAAAAGGCCUGCACAAGGCCAUGUCAGUUCUUCUCCCGUAGAAAUGCUGUGUAGAUGAGCCACUAUAAAAGUAAGAGCACCGUUUUGUAUUCUCACUAAAAUUAGUAUUACUGUGAAUCAAAGGCUAAUACUACAGAAAUAAUACUCUGUAGAGAAAAGGUUUUCAAGCUAAAUUAAUUCAUGUACCGACUAAUACAGAAUAAAUGUUAUAUUA